AUGAUAACAUUGUACAGCGAUUACGGCGCGGGCGUUUCCGAACCGUUUCUACUGUCGACGGUGUUCGACAGUUCGGAUAAACCGUCGAUUCCUCUGCGGCUCGGCAAAAACGGUUUUCGAUUAGCAAUACGUUUUUCGAAUGUCCGGGCGCGGAGAUCUUCCGGUUUGCGCCCCGUCACCGUGUACUUCGCGAUCCGCCACUCGAUUCUUUCCCGAAAUGCCCUCCCGCAGUACGGCGAACGCGAGUAUUUCGUAUUGUUGUAGAGACGAAUUGAUGACGUGUGUGUGUGUGUGUAUUUUUUUUUAUUUUAUAUAUUUCACGUUGUUACGUUUAUAGGUCGGUGAUCGGCGGUGUGUGCUAUUUUUCUUUCUUUCGUUUUUUUUUUUUUUUUUUAUUUGAAAUAAUGUAUUUAGUUUUACCUUGUAUAAAGACAAACGGGACCGUCCGCGGGAACUUUCGGCGUGUACGCCAGCGGUCACGCGGACCGAGAAAGUCUCGAUCUACCGUGCGGUUAAAUUGCCGAACCGUAACGAUCCGAAUUCGGACGGUUUUCAAGAGAAACGGCUCAAAGUCGAAUACCUAGACGUUACGAAAAAGUGCUACUUUACGAGCGACGCGAAAAGCGUCGAAUCUUUUUUUUCUCGCCUCUGACAUUUUCGAACUCCAACGAUACGUCAGUAUGAACCGCUGCGGUCGCGUACGGGACGAAAAAAAUAAACGACAAGAAAUUUCACACACGGAAAAUGUAAGGCCGUGUAAUUCGUCAACGGCUGAACUCGACUUGAGCUUUUUCUCGUGAAAACCGUCGGAAAAAUCGUAAAUCGCGUCCCGACGAUUAAAAAACGUAAACUUCGUUAAAACGCUCGAAAACAUUGUCUGACCGACGUGCAGCGGGAAUACGCCGAACGAUUCUCGACGGGUCGAAUGCAUUCACUUAUAAAUAUAUAUAUAAAAAAAAAAAAAAAAACGCCUUUUAUUUUCAUAGAUUCUACGGGUUGUGAAACGCAAACGUUUCUCGGCCGUGGAAAUCCGGACCCCAGUCGUCACGAAGUUCCGUGCUCGGCCGCGGUUCAUAAACGUCCGUCCGGGGCGCGUUUCGUCCGGGUAGAGCGGUUUCGUCUCGCGGUUUACCGGGAUAAUCUGCCCACUACGUUAUUUAUUUAUUUAUUUAUUUUCUUUUUUCUCCGUUUAUUCGUUUGUUCGUUCGGACGUCUGCUCCGUUUACCGGGGCAGGGAUCCGGCACGGGCCCCGGGGUACCCACCACCCUAAAUCCGUCCCCGAGUCUCGUGGCGCGAUUUCGUUUGCGACCGUUGCGUACUAAUAACGAAACAUUUACGACUUUGUUGUUGGUUUGUCUACAGCGAGCGGCUCGAACAGCGCCGCGGCCACGACCGCGUCCGGGACCACGAUCAACGGGAUGCGGGCGAUCGCCGAACAUCAACUGCAGCACAACCGUAGCGCGUCCGCCGCGGCCGCCUCGGCCGUCGGCACCACCAACACGUCGACCGGCACCAUGACGCCGGCCGCGGGACCGCAGGAACAACAGCCGCAGGCGGGCGCCGGCACGCCGGUGCGCAUGCUUCAGCUCGACCAGUCCGUCAUCCAGGCCAUAGCGGACCGGUGCCGGACGGUGCGUCCGGACCAGACGGCCGUGGUCGAGGUGGCCGCGACCGUGCCGGCGUCCGAACUGCCGGCCGAGGGUUACGCGAUCGACGGCGGCCGGACGGUCGGGCACGCGUGCGCAAAGUGUCAGCUGGCGUUCCCGGACAACGUGGGCCUGGUCGCGCACCAGCAGCGCGAGUGCCGGACCACCGGGUCCGUGGCCCUGGCCCACCCGGCGUACGGUUGCCGGUCGUGCGGCGUGGGCGCCAACGGCGAGACGAACACGUACGGCACGGUGCUCGCGCUCCGCGCGCACAUCGAGACGGUGCACCGCGGGACGGCGGCCCAUUACGCCGCGGCCGCCUCGGCGGUCGGCCGGCAACAACAGCAACUCCUCCAGCAGCACCAGCAGCAGCACCAGCAGCAACACCAGCAGGCCGUGCAACAGCACCUGCAGCAGCAGCUACAACCGCCGCCGAACCUCUCGGACGAGAUGGAAGACGUGGUGAACCAGAUCACGGCGCUGGCCGCGGCCAAAGCCGUGGGCCGCAGCCCGUCACCGCGGGACCCGAACAGCGAUUCCAACGCCAAUCUGUUCUGCGCGCCGGCCGCCGACAAAAAGUCGGCCGCCACGUCCGCCGCGGCCGCCGCCGCGGCCAAGAUGCACGGCAAGUUCAACGUGCCGCCCGCCAACGUCACGGCGGCCGUGCCCAGCGGCGGCCAAUAGACGCCGCGGCGACCUGCGACGGUCGGCCGCAUCCCCGCAACCCGCAACCACCGUGUAUGUAUAUUAUUACUGUCAACGAUAUUAUUGUAAAAUACGUAUUAUCACUAAUAUUAGGUAUUGAUUGUUUGUUUGUAUUUUUUUUUUUUUUUCGAUUUCGAUAUUGUGUAAAACUUACCCAAAGUUCCUUUUUUCACACUCAUGUUCCUGGGGAGAGAGAUAUUUCGGGGGUUUUUCGUUUUUUUUUUUUGUUUUUUUUUCCGUACGAUCGUUUAGCCAUUUUCCCGCACUGUUUCGCGCGCGAACUCCGCGUGAAAAACCGCGACGUGACAUAUAUUCCUAGAAAACCGCGGUAGCGUUUUAGCCGGAUAGAGGGGGGAGGGUUGGGAGCGAUGGACGGGACGCGCUGUACAGUCCGCCCGGUCUCAUCGCGUUGAAUUUUUUUUUUUUUCUUUCGUCUCUCCCCUAAUACAUUUAUUUAUUAUUAUUUACGGUUUUUUCAUUGUUUUUACGCGAG